CUGCCUCAUCGGUACAAGAGACAAUAACACAACAAGAUUGCACACCGCCGAAAAACAGAAGUGAGGGACAAAAUCAACGCGCCAUUACAGCCCAGGAGAUACUAGCUUAGCAAAUAUGGCGUCGGUCAGGUUUCGAGACAGUUGCCGGUUGCCAGCCUGUCUGCUCGAGUAUCCUCUGAAAAAUCCACGACGCUUAAGAUUGCAUCCGAUUUACUGCAAUGCACUUUUGUAAAACACGGUUUAUUUAAACGUUACAUGCACACAAAGGUUGCUGUUCUUUCAAAUAGCGGUAGGACGUAGAAACAGCUGCUAUAGGCGUGGUGCUAAUGGAGCUCUUUCCUCCACAGGGUCUUUGGUCUGAGAGCAAGAGCCAGGAUAGAAACAAUUAGGCCUAUUGAUAGUCUGCUUUCCCCUCCCUGACAUUUCAUGUUUCUUUAUUUUAUAAAGAAACAUGAAAUGUCAAGUGUAGCACACAAACAGCCACAUUUAAAUAUCAGCAGAAAUUUGACCAUUAAACGGUGAUGUAAACCACUUAACCAGACUGCAGCAGUCCCCAUGGCAACAGAGGAGAGGGUGGGCAUCACAAAAGGCACAGAGGCGCAUAAUGAUUCAUACCUCUAGAGUUCACAUCCCAAGCUGUUUAUAACCUUUUAACACUAAAAAAAACACACACCACAUAGACCAUCAUACUCCGUGUCAGAGAUCGAAACCUGAGACAUUCCAGUUGGCCCCAAUUACCUAGGCACAGAUAUGGUACAAUCCACCCCUCAUCAGAAAAUCUUCACCAAUGGCUUCCCCCUCCCUCUGUCUGGCAAGUACCAUUCACUGCAGAGGGGUUGAUCCCAUCCAUCCACCACAAAUCUAGUGCUCAUUGUGGCAGAAUUGCAGUGCACUGGACUGUUCAGAGCAGGGUACCAUACAGGCUGUUGUCUGUGAGGGGUGGGGUCCAGCUACACUGAUACCACCUAACGUAAGCUGACAGAGGGACACAGAGAGGCAGAUAAAGAAAGAAAAAAAGGAGAGAGAAGAGGGGGGAAGAUUGCACCUGAAGAGGAAUAUAAUACGGGAUGAAAGGAGACACCCCAGUGAACAGCACCAUGAGUGUCGGCCAAGCCAGGAAGCUGGUGGAACAACUGAAGAUAGAGGCUAGUUUCUGCAGGAUAAAGGUUUCAAAGGCAGCGGCAGACCUGAUGGCGUACUGCGACGCUCACUCCUGCGACGACCCCCUGAUCAGCCCCGUGCCCACCUCAGAGAACCCCUUCAGGGAGAAGAAAUUCUUCUGCGCUUUGCUUUGAGACCAAUCAGGGAUUGUUGUGAUUAAAAGUACAACUGUACAAUAUGUACAUGUGUAUACAGCGUGUACAUGUACUUCCAAUCUAAAUAAGACACCCAUGUACUAUAGUAACCUUGCAUUAACGCUGCCGAUGUACAGUGCAUAAUCAACCCCAAAAUGUCUAGAACUAAAGUCUUUAACUGCUAACGUAUGACUCAGUGUUAAGAUGAGGAAGGAAGGAAUUUAAAACAAAACCGUAACAUUCAAUCAAUCAGUAGUCAAGAGUUAUCACUAUCAAAAUCAACACUAGAUGUCUAAACACUGCUACCAUCUGGUUGAAAACAUGGACAUUUCAUGCUCAUAUAUAUUACAUGUAACUGCCAAAAAGGAAACACUGAGCAUCAAGUGUCUUCACAGGCUCCACCAGUCACAGGAACACCUGCAACUUUGAACUGGGAGGCUAAAUUCCCACAUUAGGUCGUUGGAUUAUGGUGGUGCUACAUGUCUCGGACGCUGCUCUGAUAGGUCAGCGCUGUUAGUCCUCCCCAUAUAAAUUGUCCAAAAAGACAAAGCCUAUGUUAGGUAAGUAUGCCAUCUCCCAUAACUGACGCCGUUUCCAUUUGGUGAUAGGUGGAGGUAAUACCUUCUUCGGAUUAGAAAUGCUUUAAAUCGUCACACAGAAUGUUUUCUCAGUCAACAUUUUAGAUUGCCCUUUAGAGCUGCAUCCCAUCUCCCGUCAAUAUAUUUUGUAUCCCUCAUUCACCUCGAUGUUUCCUCUGCUUUGGCAGUUACUUGUGUCUACCAACGACAACAGCUGUUUAUGAGUGAGUUUUCAUCAAUGGAUCAAUUUAUUUCAAGGUUUUAUUAAGAUUUUCGUAUUUAGCUCAUUUCUAUACUGUUGCUGUAGUGUGGAUGUGGACAUGUGUGUGUGUGUGUGUGUGUGUGUGAGCGCGCGCAUAGGUGCUACUGUGAAACUUAAGCAACAAUUCUGAGCAUCUGAUCGCCGUCAAAUCAAGAUUUUAUAUUUCAAUAGCACACAGACCCAAAAAAAACAUUCCAGGGGUUAUGGACGUUCAAUAUGUGAUCUAAGCCAUUAAAAGCAGAAUCAGCUAAUCGAUUAUUGUGAGUCUGUUACGUGAAAGUAUUUCUCUUUCUUAAAAGCAAAAAGAUAAACACAGCAGUUAUAAUGUACUUUUAAAGACAGGUGUGCAUCGUCAGUUUAACCAAUCAGGUCUGAGAGGUUCUCCAGAGCAGAGGGGGUUUCCAGGAAAUCAAGGAACGGCAUCUACACACUCAUGUGAAAUGAACACAGAUGUGAAUGACUCGGGAAUUCCUAUUUCAGUUAAAAAGGUGCCACUUCCUCCAAGGUUCGUCAUCUACUGUACAGGCCAUGGUUUAGUGCUGUUAAAUCAUAUUCUCAAAACCGAGAAAACUGUUCUUAUUUAGAGUUCCCUCAGACACGAUCACAUCACCUGAGCUCCAUGGCAUCUUCCACAUAGUGAAAAUUUUGGAAACCCCUGCUCUGGGCCAUUUAAUACAAAAUGAAUCAGUGCAUUUCAAUGUCUUGCAAAUGUCAAAUUUGGAGCUUUGGCAAAAAAAAGUAACCGUGGAAUAAAAACCUCCUGUUAUCAAAAGGG